GCCAUGGAAGAGUACUUCUCGGCCGUGAGCAGGAUGGAGCAUGCAGUGAUGUUCCCCAGCCUCCUCCGAGGGAUUUCCUUGGACGACCAAGACGACCCCACCGAGGCUGAUUCUGGUGAUAAAGACCUGUAUGAAUAUUUCAUGCUGUUGAAAUCCAUCAAGAGGAUGGUAGAAGGCGGUUUGGCACCUCUCGAGGGGCAAGAUCCCAGCGUCGCCACCCGGCUGAGAGAACAGGAGGACCAAGAGAAGGCCGAUCUUGAAGGAUUCUUCUAUUACCACGUCUCCAACUUGCACCGCAUCCUCACCCAGCUGACCAGGAGAGCCGAAGUGGUGACUACAAAAUACAACGAGAUAAUGGGUCAGAUUAACCAGAACUGA